CGACGAAGAACACAUAACCAUCCACCUUGUAACGAUUUCGACCUAGUAGGGUCGUCGCCCUAAUGUCUACCAAGUCGGCUUUUCGAAACUGGGAGGCUGAAAACGGCAUAAUUACGAUAGAUCCCUCUCAAAACGCUCUCUACACCCUCCCUGACCCUACCGCCUACAAAGCCCUCCAGAGCAACGCACCAUGGAAGAAAGAUCUCAAUUACUUUACACAUGUGCGCGUUUCUGCUCUCGCUCUCCUCAAGAUGACCACACAUGCACGUUCCGGUGGUAGUAUAGAAAUCAUGGGUCUGAUGACGGGCUAUGUUUCGGGUACGUCACUCAUCAUCACCGACGCAUUCAGAUUACCAGUCGAAGGCACGGAGACAAGAGUCAACGCACAUGCCGAUGCAGACGAAUACAUGGUGAACUUUGGCAUCAUGUCAAGGGAAGGAGGCGGUCAACUCGAGAAUCCCAUCGGAUGGUACCACUCACACCCUGGUUAUGGCUGCUGGCUCUCGGGCAUCGACGUGCACACGCAGAUGAACCAACAGAUGGUCAACGAUCCAUUCGUAGCCGUGGUCAUCGACCCGGAUCGGACGGUCAGCGCGGGAAAAGUCGAGAUCGGAGCUUUCAGAACAUAUCCCGAGGGUCAACGACCAAGUGACAAAGCCUACACGGAAGACGGAGAAGACUUCCAGGCCAUCCCGCCGGGGAAGAUAGAGGACUUUGGUGCACAUGCCCACUCGUACUAUCCCCUCGAAGUGUCCCACUACAAGUCUACCCUCGACACACAUGUACUCGACCUUCUUUGGAACAAAUACUGGACGGCGACAAUCUCACAGUCGCCACUGUUUACCAAUAGAGACUACGCGAAUAAGCAGAUCGCCGACCAUACAAUCAAGAUCAAAGACGUCACCAGGGCGCAAAAGUUAGGGAUGAGCUUCAACCGAAGAGGUCAAGAAUUGGCGGGAAGCGGCGACAAGGAUUUCAGGGUGAUCAAAAAUGGCCCGUUGGAGCAAGUCGUCCGAGGAGGCAACAAGAUCGCAUCCGAGGAGAUGGCUGGUCUAUUAGCUAGCGAGGUCAAGAAAAGACUGUUUUGGGGUGUCGUGCAGGAGGCUCGGGUGAAGGCGGCAGGAGAACAAGCCAUGGACGCUGCGGCUGGUGUCUCCGUGUCAAGCAAUGGCGCUUGAACACGGGUUGAGUCCUUUCGACACAGUCAGAUGAAAAUCGACGUUACUGGUCUCCACGGGUUUCGGUUGUAUGGACUCGAAUGGACUAACGCACGAGAUUGCGCCGUCGAUCGAUCGAAGAACAAGAUCUCAGUCCGUCACCGCCACCGCUGGACCAUCCAACCAAGGGACGCCAGGGAUGCCCUGGUUAGGAUAUCUUUCCACAAUCAAGGUGUCACGCAAUCCCCCAGCAUCAACCCAGCCCCCUUUUCCUCUCCUC